GGCACAAAUGUGCUUCGGUUGCCCCACGGGCCACGGCCCAUUUACCUGGCCACUGCAAUUUUUCUAAUUUUGACCCGAACUAUUCAGAAAUUAUCCUUCGUAGAACCGGUAACCAAUUAAUUUUGACGCGAUUAUCCUCUCGCUGGUCAAACGAACCGUUCACCACCACAAAUGGCGUCGUCUCCGCCGCCAACCGCCGCCGUCCCUCUCCGUCCAUGGCUGCAAUUCGCGGACUCCACAGCCUUAAGCCUCCCUAUCUCCGUCUCCGACGCUACCUAUCGGAUCAACCAAAACCUUAGGUACUUCGUCGGGAAUUACGUCCUUCUCAUGUUCUUCGUCAUCCUCGUCAGCCUCAUCUCCCGCCCGCUGACUCUCAUCGUCUUCCUCGUCAUAUCCGCGUCGUGGAUCUACCUGUAUCUGUCCCGAUCGGAGCCGCUGGAGCUAUUCGGCUUCGACAUUGACGACCGCAUCAUCUUAGGGUUUCUCAGUUUGAUCACUCUGAUCGCCUUGUUCGCCGCCAGGGUUUGGAGUAAUCUCUUGAUUUCAGUUUCCAUUGGAGUUGUUUUAGCUGUUGUUCAUGCCGCAUUGAGGGCUCCAGAGGAUCAAGAGGCUUCUCCUUACGAAGGGUUGCUCAAUGUGGUCGAUAGCCCCAGAGGUAAUUACACUAGGGUAUGAACUUCAUGUCUUUGGAUUAAAGCUCAGUACAUGGUUUGAAUUGGGAUAGCUUUAGGCAUCAAAUGCAAAUGUUCUUAAUCCAAAAUUGAAAAAAAAUUGUUUUUAUCAUUGUUUCCCCCAAAAACUUGAAAUGAUGAUCAUGAUAUUUGGAAUGUUCCUCAUGAAUUUCUGAUGGGAAUCUGCUAAUUUCUUGGGUGCCAGAGUGACCAUUUAA